AUGUACGAGGAAUUAGAGAUGAUUUCGAUACAAACCACGAAGUGUGGCUUUAUACACGUGUAUGUUCAAGGCAAUCUAGAUGAUCGAAAUGGCAAGACUAUCAUCAUGACAGUGCAUGACGUGGGAACAAAUUAUAAAAGUUUUGUGCGCUUUUGCAACCAUCCGUCAAUGGCUGAUGUGAAAGCAAAGUCAAUUUUUUUGCAUGUUUGCAUUCCUGGUCAGGAAGACAGUGCAUUGGAUUUUGUGGGAGAUUUUCCAACGCUUGAUCAGCUUGGCGAAGAUCUUGUUUCUAUACUCGAUAAACUGGAUGUGAAAACGUGCAUCGCAUUUGGUGAAGGAGCUGGUGCAAAUAUUAUUUGUCGUUUUGCUAUGUCUUCUCCAAAUCGAAUUAUGGGAAUUUGUCUGGUGCAUUGUACUUCAACUACUGCAGGAAUUAUCGAAUAUUGCAAGGAUAAACUCAUCAACAUGCGGCUUGAGUCAGGUGUCAUGUCACAAGGUGCGUGGGACUACCUUGCAAUGCACAAGUUUGGAUCUACCGACAAACGAGAAAAGCAGGCAUAUAUUGAAGAAUUGAAAAACUGCUUGAAUCCGAAGAAUCUUAGCAAGUAUCUUUAUAGUUUUUCGAAAAGGAGUGACAUAUCAUCUCUCAUUGGCACUAAGUUGGAUAACAUGGAUGCACUCUUGGUUACUGGUGCACGUGCAUCACAUUUACAUACUGUCUACACUACACAUAAGUCGAUGAAUAAGCGGAAAACGACACUAUUGGUCGUGGAUAACGUUAGUGAUGUGAUGGCUGAAGCGCCCGAAAAGCUGGCACGUUCGUUAAUUUUAUUAUGUAAAGGUUGUGGUGUGUUAUCCGGAGUAGCCAUUCCUGGGAUGGAGAGACAGCGCACACUAAGCAGCUCAAUGGAAGAAGCAGAUCGUCCACGACGCUUUUCGCUUUCACAAUCAACAGCACCUGUUUUUCAGUGA